AUGGAGACUGAGCAGCAGGAUAAGAAAAUUUUGAAAACUUCCAUGCGUUCUUACUUGGAAGGUUUCUACGAUUGGGUUCUAAUGCCGAAGCUUUUUAAAGUACCCUUUUAUUUGUUUGUUGUUGUGGUAUGUUCAUUCAUCCACGGUUUUCAACCGCUUCCUCAGUCCUAUCUCUCGAACAAGAGAAAUGUCUUAAACGUGUAUUUUGUCAAGUUUGGCUGGGGUUGGACACUUCUUGUUUUAAUUCCCUUCAUAUCCUUUACUUCGUCCCUAUACACUUCUUUGAAUCCGUUGGCGAUACUGAAACACCUAAGAAGGAUGGCUGUAGCCACAUGUGGAUGGUAUAUUUGGGUGAAUCUGUUUUGGUUCAGUGUUGGUAUCACUGUGAUGGUCUGGAGUGAUCAUGACUUCACAACUGAGACUGCUGAUCACCCUAAUACAGGUCCUCAGUCCAUUUAUGGAAGCAUAGAGGAUCAUUUGAUCUCCCUUGGUGCUGUCCUUUUCCUUGCCUUCCAGGCAAGUUGUGGAGUUUCACAGGCUACAGAAAACUGCUAUCAAGAGGGAUUUUACUGGAAUGGUUUUGAUAUAUCGGAACACUGUUUUCUUCUAACUUACAGUGCACUGGUUAUUAGUGAAGAACUACAACCCAAACUUCAUUGGCCGUCAAUAACGUCGGCUGUUGUACAAACAAAUCCUGAAAAUAUUAAUGGCUUUCAACACAGGAACAUUGCUCGACUAGUAACCCCUUUUGUAGACGUUUUUUCUCUCUUUGCAGGCCUCCUUUCAAUCUUGUGGGAGUUCAUGCUUGUGUUCACCACAAUUUAUUUUCACACUGUUCAUCAGAAAGUUCUUGGGGCUGGUAUAGCGAUAUUUACCUGGUAUAUCACUUACAGAGUCUGGUAUCAUGAUGCACUGUCACCAGGACUGCCUUGGGUCCCUAAUGAUAAAGUGAUUUGUUGA